ACGAAACAGGAAGAUAGUUUUAGUGCCGUCAUGGGAAACUGUGCACAGGCAUGUGGAAAACACGGGAUAUGCUUGAAGAAACGUCCGAAAAUAAAACGAACAAUGCCAAGGAUCGGGACACUGAGGCCUGCUGUGCAACCAUCGAAUGACAGACGGGUUGGUUGGAGAGAAAAUUUAGUUGACGAAGACAAACGACUAGAAUCAAAGCUUCGACAAGGAAGCGCAAAGUUUAAUACAGAUGAUGAACUCCCACACAUGGAUAAUGUGGACGGCCAUAGAAAGCGGAAGAAAAGACGAAAAAAGAAAGACCUGGUUUCAGAUGAAAAUCGGCCAUUUGAAAUGAGGUCAUCACAGGAUUCUAACGAUUACAAUAACAGACAGAAUCAGAAACCAAGGAUCGAUAUCUUGGGAAAAAGACACUCAAUAUCCCCCCAUUACAAUAAAGAAAAACAUGUGACAAACUUGUUAUUUCAACCAAUGGGAUCAGAUAUCGAUGAUCAGAAUGUCCAUCAUCGAAAAAGAAAGAGAAAAAAGAAACACAAACUGAAGGAUAAAGCAGGAGAAGAUAGUCUGGUAAUGGUAACUAUGAAGCCGACUGGUCAGUUCCUUACAGACGAUACCGUCAUAGGAGACCCAGACCAUGAACAUUAAUACCUCAACAUGUACGGACGGAUAUAAAUGUUGCAAUUUUUUGUUAGAUCUGUGAUUUGUUACUAUACUGCCUUUGCUAGAAAAUCAAAUUCUAUAAAUAAAAGAUGUGGUUUAAUUGUG